AUGGGGAAGGGGGGUCCCAUUCGGGACGGCAACGGAUUCAGGGUGAGGAUGGUGGGUGGCAUGGCGGAAUGCUCGGGGGCGGACGGACAAGAGAGGGAGGUCCUCGUGUCCCGGUGGGCUCCCCAGCAUCCUCCGCCAAGCCCUGAUUCUCCGGUGGACCCCGAGGCGGCAUCGGUGGAGCCGGUGCCGGCAGCAUCCCGCAAGCAAAAUUGGGCCCGGUUUUCCUGCGGCGGCCGCGAUGAGAGGCAGCUACUGCCUCCCAAAGCCACCCCAGAUCCGGCAGAUGCCAGCAAGCCGGACCCUGCUGCUAGCAGUCCCCGGCCCGGCAUUGAGCAGCCCAGCGAGGAAGACAUGGAGCCGGCGGAGGAAGCCGAGGCGGUGAACGGCUCUGGGGAGCUGGGUGGUCUCAGUAGGAGCCCUGGGCACGGUGCCUACCUGCAGAGUUUGGAGCGGAGCAGCCGGCACUGGGUGCUGUCGUCGGUGAAGGGACCAGGCCUGGAUGAGCUGGGCGGUGGAGCUGAGGUGGAUGCCGGCGCUGCUGGCAGCGAGGGCGAGAUUUGGUACAAUCCCAUCCCCGAAGAUGAGGACCCCCAGCCUGGGAGCUCCUGGAAGACAUGGAGCGGAGGGAGUCGUGACAUCGAGAGGGGCCGUGGUGGGGAGUCACCCCCGAAGACGGUGAAGAUGCCGAUCCCAUGCGUGAGCUCGGGGACAGGGCUGACCACCCCCUCGCCCCCCACCAGCCCCAAGAAGGGCCGUUCCCUCAACAAGGUGAAGUCCCCAGGUACCGUACGUCGUCUCUCCAUGAAGAUGAAGAAGCUGCCGGAGCUACGGAGGAAGCUGAGCCUACGCAGCCCCCGUCCCCGGGGCCAAGAGGGUGGCACCUCGCCCUCCGAAAGCCGCAAGGAAUCCAGCAACGUCAUCAGCCGCUACCACCUAGACAGCAGCGUGGCUUCACGGCCAGGGCUGCCGCGAGCCAAAGCGGCUGGCAAAGGCGGCUACUUGAGUGACGGCGACUCCCCAGAGCUGCCGGCUAAAGCCGGGGUGCGUGCCGAACCGGAGGAUGGGGAAAACGGGCUGGAUGUGGGCGCUUUCCGCCCCUACAGCUGCGGGGAGAUGCCGCCACGGUGCGGGCAACACAUCUCGGGGCUGGUGAGCGUCCACCUCCACGGCGUGCGGGACCUGAAGCCACCACGGGCCGAAGCCCGGGAGGUUUUCUGCGUCUUGCAGGUGGAUGCGGCCAACCGGGCUCGCACAGCUUUGCUGCCCUGCAAGACGGCGUUCCUCGGCCUCAACCACACCUUCAACCUGGAGCUGGAGGGUGCCCGGCACCUCAAGGUGAUCGUCUUCUCCUGGGAUCCCACCUCUUGCCGCAACCGUCUCUGCUGCCAUGGCACUGUGGUCCUGCCCCACAUCUUCAGAGGUUGCCGGGCCCAGCAGCUGGCAGUGCGGCUGCAACCUCGCGGUAUCCUCUACUCCAAAUUCACCUUGGUGGAGCAGUGGGACAGUCCUGGUGAUCGGGAACCCCGUGUCUUCGGCGUGGAGCUGGGCCAGCUGGUGGAGAGGGAGAAGACGGCCACCAAAGUGCCUCUGCUCAUCCAGAAAUGCGUGGCCGAGAUAGAGAAACGAGGGCUGAAGGUGGUGGGAUUGUACCGGCUCUGUGGCUCAGCCGCUGUCAAGAAAGAGCUUCGUGACGCCUUUGAGAGGGACAGCGCGGCCGUGACGCUCUCAGAGCAGCUCUACCCCGACAUCAACGUCAUCACGGGGAUCCUCAAGGAUUACCUGCGGGAGCUGCCCACGCCGCUCAUCACCCCCACACUCUACCACGUUGUGCUGGAGGCCAUGGCCAAGCGACCCCUCCGGACCCCCCCAGGAGAGCGGGACGCUGUCACCCUGCUCGACUGCCUGCCCGAUGUUGAGAAGGCCACACUGACGCGGCUCCUGGACCACCUCAGCCUGGUGGCCUCCUUCCACGAUUUCAACCGCAUGAACUCGCAGAACAUCGCCGUCUGCUUCGGGCCCGUCCUGCUCACCCAGAACCAGGAGCCCCGGCGCUCCGGCACCGGUACCGGCACCGGCAACCGCAGCUAUGCCCACAGCGAGGACAUCGCCAGUGCCGUUGACUUCAAGAGGCACAUCGAGGUGUUGCAUUACCUGCUGCAGGCCUGGCCAGGUGAGCAGGGUAGGGGGGAUACCUGCACCCCCAGCCCAUUUUUGCAGCAGCAACGGGGGCCACCACUGCGACUGGACCUGCUGGAGAGCACGGUGGUGGCCCGUCACCGUCCCCGAGGACCAGAGAGCCCCCCCAGCAACCGCUACGCCGGUGACUGGAGCAUCUGCGACCACCAAUUCCUACUGGUACCCGGCACGGCCAGUGACGCCGACUAUGACGAGGGGGCAGCCGGUGAUGGUGAGACUGGGGUGCCGGUGCGGCGGACCCCGCACCGGCGGACCCUCUUCGUGGCUGAUUUCGCCCUGGGUGAGGAGCCCGAGGCGCCCUUCGGCCCCCGCCUCAACCUCAAGGACUUUGACGCGCUCAUCCUCGACCUCGAGCGGGAGCUUGCCAAGCAGAUCAACGUCUGCCUGUGA